CUUUCUAAACAGAGUUCGUAAGGUCUUUAAAAUACUGAAAUUGUGGUUACAAACCUUAUAAGAAAAGAUAUUCAAUUUCCUUAACUCAAAAUAUCUCGUUCAAAAUUUUUAUUUUUAAAGUAAAAAAUAACUUUAUAGUUACAAUAUUGAAGCUACGUUUAUCCGCACUUUUACGUUUAGCCCACAGAAACCAGAAGAUUGAACUUUAGUAUGUGAAAAUACGAUCAUUAGAAUGAAAAUUGUUCAGAGUGAUAUCUUUUUUAUUUGUUCACUGUACAUAUAGAUAAAAAAAGAGCGAUAAUAAUGUAACUUACAUUUAAAGGAUUAUUCAACAAAGAAAUAAAUAUGUAUUAUUUUUUUAAAUUAUUGUAGUGACGUCUUCUACGAAGUUUCUAGGGAUAUUUCUGAAAUUCGUGAAGGGAGAUGUAGUGAUGAAGAAGAAAUUAAUGAACUUUCACUAUGGAUUGAUAUUUCUAUUGACCUGAGCAACUUGGAAAUAACUACAUAUAACUCUAGUCCUGAAUUUGAAAGCGUUGAACAUUUUGGUAACAUUGGAGGCUACGUCGGAAUGUGGCUGGGUAUAUCAUUAGUUGCAGUUUUCGAUUUCUUGAGUACGACGUUUGCUUUGCUGAAAUUUCCUUUUCGAAACUUUACUAUAAAAAAGACCAGAGUACUCAGUAUAAAUCAUAAAAAUAGGAACAAGAAUGUUAAAAAAGGAGAAAACAAAUCUUGGUCAGAUUAUUUGACGAAGGCUUUUCGGGAUUCGAUGCUGAGUGGCGUUCCACAGAUUCUUAUGGCUGAGAGUAAAAUCAAGAAAUACGCUCUUUUAUUGGUCUUUCUGUCUUGUUUAGCGGGAUAUACUUAUCAAUCUUCUGAAUUCCUGAAACUGUUUUGGAAGUAUGAAACUGUUGUUGAUAUACAAAUAACUAACAGUAAAAUGACCGAAUUACCUUCAAUCACUAUUUGUAAUUAUGAUGGAUCAAAUAUAUCGAAAAUAUGUGAGGAGAUUAAACCAGAUUGGUGCAAGUCAUUGUGGGAAGAAUAUCAAGAUUCAGCUCAAUGUGAUUGCUUAGCAGAGCGUAAUUGCGAAAAUGGCACUUUUCUAGAUAAAAUGGUUCUACCUCUUUCUAGAUAUAAUGACAUAGCUACAUUUCCACCCAAUGAACGUCUAGAGUAUAUUCAAAAUUUAAAUGAUGUAAUACGUGGCUGUUCUUUCGUUGAGCAUGGUAAACAUACCGAAGAUUGUGAUCUGUCAUAUUUCAAAAAGUCAAGUGUUUCCACAUCAAGUGUGUAUGGUUUUUUGAGUGGCUGUUGGACUUUGAAUACUGUUUUUGGAAGACCAAAUGCAAAGCCAAGUGUAGUGACUUCGAGUGGGACUAUAGUUCUCAAUAUAUCCAUCGAUGAAAGGGAAUAUAUAUAUCUUUAUCAUCCUCCAGAAGGGCUAAUAUCCAUUCACAAUCCGUACCGCAUUGUCAAUCCUCACAUUGAAGGCUUCACUUUAUCUUUGAAAACACAACAGCAUACUUUUCAUUUAAAGAAGGUGGUGAAGAAACUUCUUCCACAUCCAUAUGACACGAAUUGCAUUGAUUACGUGUCCAGAUGGAAAGAAAGAGGAGGCAGGGGACCAAUGAAUAAUGUAGAAUGCUAUAACGAAUGCCAAUUAAAUAUUAGCUUAAAAGAAUUUGGUUGCCUUCAUGAUAAGAUGAGACGAUAUUCAAUGGAAAGCGCUAUCUGCCCGCAUGUUUCUACCUGUACGUAA